GCCCACCAUCGGCGCCAUUGGGCCCUUUUGACCUCUCUCACACAUCGACGAGCACACGGCCGUCCUCAUCGUCUGCAAUACAAGCAAACCAUACAUGCACACACAUAGAGAUGCUCAUCCAUCCACCGCCCCCCAAGACACAUCCCACCCUGUCAGUGGGUUCAGCCCCGCUCUUGCCAUGAGGUCUGGACGCAUCGCUCGAAAGCUGACGGUCUCCAGACCUCUGACAUCCAGGAGGCUGCAUAUGUCGCUGGCAGAUCUUGCACACACACAACCGAGACACGAGUGGAAGGAAGUGAGUUUUGUUCCGUUUGUUAGCAUCUUCAUUCAGAUACCUAUGCACACAUUCAGGUCCUUGAUUGAGGGAUAGAUAUCUCCACCCAGCCACAGGCCACGGCUGCCCCGAAUCAGCGAGAAAUACACCUUCUCCAUCGCCACCCCUCCCCCAAUGGCCAGCAGGAUCGAUUGCACGAAGUGCACGUCGACGGCCUUCCAGACACUCAGUUCAUUGAUGCCGGUCAUGCAGCUGUAAGCAGCCGCCCCGCUUCCCACCCCACGCUGCUGUCGAGGACAAGGUGGGAGCUGUCGGCGACGAUCGACAAUGGCAGGUAGUUGAGAAUGGCCGGCACACAUCGGGCAGGGGAGGGCUCGGGCAGAAGCCAUUUGCGUCCUCAAGGCAGAACUUGGCCGCCCUGGGAAACGUCAGCCGCCUGGAGACGUCGGUCGCAGCUGAGGACGGCUGGCGGAAGAGAGCUAAUUGGAAGAGAGAGUGCGCAUCUUGCGCGUCAUGCAGAUGCUGCGCUCUCAGCUUCCACAGGACGCCCGUGGCUUCAUUCCCGAGCUUAACGAGGCUGUCUCUUACAAACAUUGACGUGCUUGCGGGGAGGUACAUGAGCACGUCAAAGUUGAAAGAGAAGCGGUCGUUGGCGAUGGAGAUAGUGGGGCCGGCAGCGAACGUGCGGGAGAACGACUGGAUGGCGGCGAGAAGGGGCAGAAAGGAGCCGUCGACUCCAUCGAAAGCGUCGAUGUCGAAGUCGAUAGUGACAUCGAUUGACGAGCGACGACAGCCGCGUGCCAGCAUGACGGCCUGAAAGGGAAGAAAAAAGCGAAGCAUGCAAAAAGAAAUGGAAGCGUGCACUUUCUCCUUGCAUACCUCCAGCCGGUCGAAUGCCUGGCGCAUCUGGACGGUAUCUCAAAAAACACGCACAGUGCCGAUCGUCUUGAGAUGGCUUAGAGGCGCCACCAGCCUGCCCCCCCUCUCUCGUGGCCAAAGGCAGGCGCUCAAGCAGCUCUGCCUUCUUGUUGGCUGUGGAUGACGAGCCAAUUCUCGUAAUUGUGGUUGACAAUCGGAGAAAGGCACUCGUCAUCUCCCCAUCACAACCAGGGCCGCUCACGUCGAUCAAAGACGGCAUCAGCCAUCUGUCGGCCAGGGAACGGUGGGCUUGUAGAAGGCCUGAGAUCGAUGUAAGGGCCGGAAGGCGUGUGCGGGCGCCGGCAGGGGGGAAGGGAACGACGGGAGGUGCUCUAAAUGGUCCCGGCCGUACUGGCAUGGGCACCCUCUCAAAUGAGACGGCUUUGAGCGAUGCUCCUUGGAUUCCCGACCCCUCUUGUGCCGCUGCCUCUGCCCGACCUGCCGCUUGGCCAGCAACGAAAGCCACCAGAGCGGCGAGGCCCCAUUCCGGAAAGCCGCCAGGGUGCCGCGUCA